GUCCCCGGACCCCACCGCCGUCGGGAGGACGCUCGCCCCGGCAAGUUGCAGGCGCGUUGCGCCCGGAGAAAGUUUCCCCUGCGGCCGCCCGCGGAGUUGGCGCGGGCUCCGCCGCCGCCGCCGGAAGAGUUUGUCCUGAAGCCACUAGCUCAAGACCUCAGAGGACCCGCAGCACCGUGAACCAAAAAGGACAGAGGCCAGCUGAAAGGAGGAGCAUCAUGGAAGGUGACUGCCUGAGCUGCAUUAAGUAUCUGAUGUUCGUUUUCAAUUUCUUCAUAUUUCUGGGGGGCGCCUGCCUGCUGGGCGUGGGCAUCUGGGUCCUGGUGGACCCCACCGGCUUCCGGGAGAUCGUGGCCGCCAACCCUCUGCUCAUCACGGGCGCCUACGUCCUGCUGGCCAUGGGUGGCCUGCUCUUCCUGCUGGGCUUCCUGGGCUGCUGCGGUGCCGCCAGGGAGAACAAGUGUCUGCUGCUGUUUUUCUUCAUGUUCAUCCUGGUCAUCUUCCUGGCGGAGCUCUCCGCAGCCAUCCUGGCGUUCAUCUUCAGGGAAAACCUCACCAGAGAGUUCUUCACCAAAGAGCUCAGCAAGCAUUACCAGGGCAAUAACGACACCGACGUCUUCUCGGCCACCUGGAACUCAGUCAUGAUCACAUUUGGCUGCUGCGGGGUCAACGGGCCUGAAGACUUCAAGCUCGCCUCCGUUUUCCGGCUGCUGACUCCAGACAGUGAAGAGGUCCCGGAGGCCUGUUGCCGCAGAGAACCCCAGACUCGGGAUGGGGUGAUGCUGAGCAGGGAAGACUGCCUGCUAGGGAAGACCCUGUUCAUCAACAAGCAGGGCUGCUACACGGUGAUCCUCAAUGCCUUUGAAACCUACGUCUACCUGGCCGGAGCACUCGCCAUUGGGGUUCUGGCGGUGGAGCUGUUUGUCAUGAUCUUUGCCAUGUGUCUCUUCCGCGGCAUCCAGUAGAGGGCGUGGCCUGAACCUCACCCCGCCCACCACUGCCCAGCACCCGGUGCCCCUCCUCUCUCCAUCCACUUGGCUCUGGAGAGGAGGCAGGCCAGCAUGGACAUCCAGGAGAAGGACCGGGGACACAGAGCUAUUUUUUUAACAAGAUGACAUGAAGACAGUAAUGUGAACUGAAGUACCUGGCCUUGACUUGGGGCAGGCACCUGGCGUCCCUGCUGGGGCCUAGCAUUGGCUUGGAAUGCCAGAGACCAAAGGACCCCCCCAGCCCCAGGGCAGUUGGAUCACCACAGAUUGGGGUAUCCCCCGUCCCCUCCCAGCACUUCAGGACCAAGAUGGCAAAGAUGUAAGCAACAGAGACACAAGAGACUCCACCCAGAAGCUGCCUCCAUUUCCUUGAUGACGCAGGACCGGAGGCGCAGUGUCUGCUCUGCUAGAGGAUGGAGAGGCCCUGCUUCCAGAGGGGGACCGAGGGAGCUGCGUGUGGUGGACGCCGGAUCCUAGAGCGGGGCAGUGGCUCGUUCAUCGCCACCGUGCACCUGUGUGCCCAUUCCCAUAUGAAUCUGGGUCAUCUUCAGGUUGUUGCCAUUCUGUUUGGGGCUCCAUCAGAUCUGCUGCUCACUUACGGUCUCCUUACGGACACACUGGCUGGGGACUGACCCGCCUCUGUCCCUAAGCCCCACCGCUGUGGACACAUCACACUAUCUGGUCCUCACUGCCCACCCAUCCCCACAGGUCACCCCUUCCUUGUUUUUGUUCAGUUCCCUGGUGCCUAGGGUAGAAGAAACCACCAAGAGGGGCCAGGAGAGCAGACAUCCGAUUCUCCUCUCCCUACUCAGACCCGAAGCUUGGAUGUGUUGAGCAUUCUCUUCUCGCAUAACCUCCAGGGACUGGGAGCUCACUACCUCCGGAGGCAACCUUCUGCCUUCCGAUGCUCUGACCUUAGCAUCUCUCAACAGACAGAAGAUUCUCCUGUGGCUCUAGGGUUCUGCCUGUGUGGCCCGCUUGCUCCUCCUUCCUGGGGUGCUGAGGUUGUACCUUGACUUCCCCAACAGCCCUUGUCUCCAGGCUGAAGAAGCCUAGGAUUUCCCAGACAUUUCUGCUGUGACACUUUUCACAGCCCACCUGACAUUCCAGUGUGUCCUUCCCUCCCCAGCAUAGACAGAGAUUCUCCAGACACACACACACACACACACACACACACACACACACACACACACACAACACACACACAAGACCAGGUUGCCAAACAGCUUGCAAGAUAACCUGACCCUGGACCCUACUAGGGCUCUGCUAUGGUUGCCUGGUUUGGUUCAAAGUUGAUAGGAUAUGAUUAGUGAUGUCUGUCAGAAGCCUGAGUUUGACUAGUAAUGUCUGCCAUGACACAGGAUGGAUAGAAACAUGGUGUCUCUGCUCUCCUGUCUCUCCUAGGAAGAGCCUGUUGUGUCUUAAAAGCCUCUAAUAGCCUCCCUGCCUCCUGAGAGAGAUGGAGCUGCUGCUUUGGAACCCAGAGCUCCUUGCUUCUGUCCCCUGUCCCUUCUGAGAUGCAGCCAGCUCUGUGGCUGCUGUCCAGGGUCCUACGGACCCUCCUUCCUCCUCCCUUCCUGCCAUCCCCAUUAGUCCUGGCCUCUUCUCAGACAUCUGAGCUCCAUCCUCCCACCCUGGCUGUGUGUCAGCCUGCCCUGACAUCUCCAUAAGUGAUACCAGGAACUCACUGGAGGCUGUUUUCAGGAUCCAGGGGACCUCUAACUACAACCCCCCCCCCCCAGCCCAGCCUCUGAAACAGGGCCUCUCUCUGGACCCCUCCACUCCGUGUCCCAUGGAGAGACUAAUGGCUGGUUAAACCGAUCAGAUCAACCCAAAUCCCUUUACCAGGCUGGGUAAGGCUGAAUCCAACCACAGGGCCUGGGGCACCCCAGCCUUCUGGGGCCUGUGACAGGUAUGGAGCGGGGUGGGGUUCCUGAGGGGAGAAAGGAGCCAAGGUAGGUUAGAUAGGAGUGGCUCACCUCAAGGGCUCUCUCCCUAACAGUGCCAAGUGUGCCCAGCCAGGCCAGAAGGCACAGCAGAAGGCAUCUGCUUGCUCUGACAUUAGCCAGCUGAUCUCAGGCUGUCAGAUGGGGGGGGGAAAUCCCUUCUCCCCGGGGUCCCACACCUGAGACUUCAAAUGGGCCUCGCCGGCAGCUCCUGCCUGUGCUAGAGCGGAAGCCUCGGCCUCUGGAAGGGCGGAGUCCUGCGGGCUGGGCCGGGCCCGCCCCGCUGAUGAGGGUCCAGCCCUGUGGCUCCGGCCCCCGUCCCACCGCCCCCCACCCUGUGCUCUGUGCAAAGUCUAUUUUGCCGUGUGUAGACACCCUGUCGUAGAGCGGAGCUAGUGUAGCCUGCCGGCCCCUUUUUAUACCGUGUACCCAGAGAAGUUUUGUAACGCAAGACAGGACUCCUGCACGAUGGUUUUGCACUGGUUUUUAUGACUGUUUCUUACAAAAAGAAAAAGGAACGAGGAAUAAAUAGAGUGACCGUGAACAAAGGUGGCCUUGCUUUGUGGGUGGAGCUGAGCCAAGGUGGAAGAGGGCACGAGGGGCUUUGUGGAGGGGUACCCGGGGCUCCCCCAACUCCUGUGCCUUCCCUAACUGACCCCCACAAGCUGCACAUCUGUCUGCCAAACUCCAUCUGACCCUGUCCCACCAGGACAGCUCCGUCCCGGAGUAGCCUGGCCACCCAGCUGAGGCCAGGCUCUACCCCAUCACACUGAGUGGCUUGGCCUGCACUGCCUGGUGCCAAGGCCCAGCUGCAGCUCUCCGCCUCCUGCCUGACCCCCGGGGAGUGCGCCGCAUGCCCAGCUAGGGGAGGACAAGGCACUGCCCCCUGCCUAGGAGCAGCCAGUGGUGACAGGCAGACAUGGCUGGGGUGGGGAUACAGGCAUCCCUCCCCAGUGCCAUCACGAAUGGGCUUGGCCUGCCCGGGGCACAGGGGCAAGAGCCGGAUGGCAGCAAAAAGCAGGUUUUCCUUCACAGUGCGGGUCCCUUGUGCUUGGCAGGGAGUGGCUAGCCUGACCUGUGCGCUGCCUCACAUGCCUGAUACCACACUAUUCCUCUCCGGUGCUGCAAGGGAGGAGGUGCCGAGGGUGAGUCUUGCACACCAGCUGGUGGCCUGCAAGUCGGGCCUGGGAGCCUUAGCUCCGAGCUCACUGCCAGCCUCUGUGUGUCCCUGGGACAGGGGAGUGACCGGAGGGGACUGGUCCCAACUACUUCUGUUUACUUCCCCUGCACAAAGCCUACCCAAGAGGCAGUGGGGCAGCCUAGGGAGUCCAGAGACUAGUCUCCCCCUGAGGAAGGAGGGCAGGAAGGGCUGAAAGCCUUGGAGGACAUGCUGGGGAGGGGGAGUGGGCAAAGGGACAGCCAUUGCUCCCCCCCUGCUCCCCUCUGAGUCCCCCACCCCAACACAGCUUCCCGCUGGGGCUCUCCACAUCCACGUGCCAGGGGCCAGGUUAGGGAAGGGUCAAAGGCCUAAGUGGGGAGCAGCCCGCCCCCAGCAGGGUGCCCCACAGCCAGGGCCCUGGAGAGCACAGGCAUGCAGGCAAUGGGUGGUAAUCCUCACAGGAAGGCCAAAGGAGGCUCAGGCUCCAAAACAUGGCCUCUGCCUGCCUGUCAGCCCUCAGUGGCUACAGGAAGGGGCGUGUGUGCAUGUGCGUGUGUGUGUGUGUGCGUGUGUGUGUGUGUGUGUGUGUCUGUCGCACGCACAUGCGUGGGGUGCAGAGGGCCCCUGGCUGGGGCACAAGGUCAGAUUCUCAGACUUCUGGCUUGGAAAGAAGCCAAGAUCAGCCAUUCCGGCUCCAGGCUGGCUGGGGGCAGGGGGCUCGGGAGCUCUCUGUCCAGCGGGCUUCCUGGCAGAGGAGGCCUGGGCCUCGGCUCAGCCCACCCCGAGGACACUGCUAGCCACUCAGAGAGAGGCUUUCAGGGGGUAUGGAGGCCCAGAGAGCCC